UCUAGCAUUAUGAUAUUCUUCACUUCACUUCACUUCAAGUAUGAGGCAAUUACUGUUUUCUAAACUACACAACAAUUUUUUUACUAUUAUGAUUUACUUCGAAAUCAACAGCAACUUAAACCUACUUCAUAUUUUUUAAUAAAAAGGUGUACAUCGUUUCUGCUCAUCACAUGGAGUAGCCGCUACACAUAACAUAUAAGGCGAACAGGCAUGUGACUGUCGUAAGCGGCCAAAUACCAUGACGGUUUCCGGUUUUCAUUUAGAAUUUUACCUUAAAAAUAAUGUAAGGUGAACAUGUCAUACCAAACCUACAUCACAAAAACAGUCUGAGAGGUGUGAUUCAGGACUGCGUGGAAACCACAAAAUGGAUGUUCUAGUGUCAGUGCUCACCGUCAUCACAUUGUUAGGGGGAUUUAUUGUGUUAGGGUUUACUCCGUUUGACCAUGACGUCACCCCUAGCUGUGGUGAGAAUGAAAAAGUCUGUGAGUUUCAUUGGCUCAUUAACCACACCGAGACAAUGGUUUUGUAUCACGACUAUGAUGAUGAUGGUACCCCCAUUGUCUAUAGAAACGGCUCCUUCUACAAGAGGCUCGACUGUUAUUUGUAUGAAGAGGCCACAAAUCAAGAUUUACUGUACCUUCUGACUGGUGAUGGUUCGUAUAAGAUACUCUACACCGUUAACGGGAAAUUCCCUGGGCCCUCCAUUGUUGUUUACGAAGGGCAAGAGGUGGUAGUUCACGUCACUAAUGCUUUAUUAAUGGAGGGAGUCACUAUCCACUGGCAUGGUAUCUAUCAGAGGGGAACGCCAUGGAUGGACGGAGUAGACAUGGUUAGCCAGUGUCCUAUCAGUCCUGGACAGUCCUUUACAUACAGGUUCAUUGCGGAUCCGAUCGGGACCCACUGGUAUCAUUCUCAUCUCGGUGUCCAGAGAACGGACGGCCUGGCUGGAGCCCUUAUUGUUCUGCCAAGAUCUGAAAGGGCUAAGAAGUCGAAGUCGAAUGACCUUCGGCCUAUAGAGAAGGAGUUUGUAGUGAUGGUACAGGAUUGGUUUCAUAAGUCAUCCUUGGAAUUAACGGAACACUUCGUGUGGGACCUUCGCAGGUUUGCCUUUGGUCCUGACGAUCCGCGAUGUUUCUUUGCCUCAGACAUACUCACACUCGACGGUAGCCUGGCUGGGUUCAUGCUGUUUCAGUCUGGGGUCAUCAAUGGCAGAGGUCACAAUUACCCGGAGUUUGGCGAUACCCCGAUGUACCCAGAGCUACCUUAUGAGACAUUUAUUGUAAAAAGUAAUAAAACGUACCGAUUCCGCUUCAUCAACUCCGGAAAUGCAUUUCCUCUUCAAGUCUCUGUGGAUCAGCACAAGCUGGAGUUGAUAGCUACAGAUGGUCGUGACAUACAAGGAGUGCAAACAGACUUCAUAACGACCACGCCCGGGGAGAGAAUCGACUUCCUGCUGCGCACGACGGAGACCCCGGACAACUACUGGUUCCGGGUCGAGGCGAACGGCGCCGGGCAAGUGAAAGGGAUUGUCCAGUAUGACACUGUAGAUGAAGGGGUGCCUGCCACCACAAAGAAACGCUGUUUGGCCACGGACGUGUGUAAAGACAUCAAUUGCAUGAUUCAAGAGUUUAAUCCUGACCUCAACAUAAGUUGUAUGGCCGUUUCACAGCUACGUAUAGCCAAACACGAACCAGAGAAAAGAUCUGUACCCAAAUACACAGAUGACAGGAUGUUCAGAGAAAUAUUUCUCAGCGUGCAUGUCCAGACUGUUACAGAUAUCGCACAUAUAAACGGAAGGAGCUUCCUGAAACCAACCAGUCCUCCCCAGACCUACCCUAACAUGGAUGAUGCGACGGUGCCCUGUAACAGGACAGACCUCGUCUGUUCCGCAGAGGUGUGUUACUGUACUCACAUCAUCAAACUGGAACUCGGUAGCACUGUCCAGUUCGUCAUGGUCAAUCCGGGUCCCAUUGUUAACGAAACGGAGCUUGGCCUUCGACACCCCAUGCACAUACACGGUCACACAUUUCACGUGCUGAAAGUUGCCUACUCCGAGUACAAUGCCUCUGGGUACUCCGUCGGUCUGAACAAAGAUAUCCUAUGUGAUUCGGAGUUCUGUGAUAACGCUUCGUGGUCCAACGAUACCUGGGGAGGGGAUAACAUUCCCGGACUUAAUUUGGAGGAUCCGCCACUCAUGGAUACGGUAUUGGUCCCUAGGCACGGUUACACUGUCGUCAGGAUGGUCGCUAACAACCCGGGGUUCUGGUUCUUGCACUGUCACAUUGAGAUCCAUCAGAUUACAGGAAUGGCUCUAAUACUGCAGGUCGGGGAUGUGGACCAGAUGCCUUCCACGCCCAAAAACUUCCCUACCUGUGGGAACUUCAACUUUCCACAGGAAGAAUUUGACAAAUUUGUCAGUGUUUCCACUGAGACAGGUGUACCGAAAACGUCUUCUUUGCGUCCUGGUUUGAAACUAAAGUCCGGACUGUCAGCAAUCAAUGCCAUCAUGAAAGACGACAACUCCGAUAGGUGUGAUUCCAGCAAACAUUCCGACAGAGAGACCAUCUACGUCAUCACCAUCUGUAUCCUGGUCCCCCUUCUGAUCAUGGUCUCAGCUUUAUGCUGGUGGCAGUGUAACGGGAGAGAGACUGUGUCUCACAAGGGAGCAGACAACAAAUAUAACCUACUGCGGGCAGAUAAUGGCAACGGCGGCAGCACAUCAGACACGUCCAAUUACCUCACGUUCAGUAGGAUUUGACAGCGUCUUUAUGUCACAUUUGAUUGAUCAUUUACAAGAUUCUAUGCCUUCAACAGAUUUUAUAAAAAGUUUUUUUCAUUGAUUUUUGAUCAUAUGUUGUUUGCAUCGAGUGUUUUUGUGAUUUCCUAUUUCAUAAUUGUUAUCUUAAAUUGUAUAUCUCAUAAUUAUCAUUCUAAAUUAAAUGUUUGGAAUUUUUCAUCGUAUCAAUCAAGGUUAAAUUGUUUCUUUUGUAAAAAAUAUGGUUCAUUGUUUUACUUUUUGCUAAUAAAGCUGCACA